GCCUGUUGCCUGAGCAACCGGCUCCUUGCUUCUGCUCUGAGGAGCCAGGAACUACAACUCCCAGCCUGCCAUGGGGCGCCUCCGUCUUCUCGAGCCCAGAACCUUCCCAAGUGCAAAAAUCUUCUGCAACAAUGAAGGCUUGGGCUGAUGACCAGUGGCUGCAGAACUUUUGGAUGGUCCACAUUUCUGCAUCUUUGUGCAAAACUCACCAAAAUAAAAGCUGCACUGACAGUGGAGAAGAAAAAACAACUGUACUACGGGGAUCUGCAACACCAGAUUAUUAUUGGUCAAUCACUGCUCUCUCUCCUAAACUAAGAUGGAAUGGAUUUCUUUAAUAGGGGAGAUUGUUCCAUUCAGCAAAAGGAAGAAAGGUUGUCGUUGUGCAUACCAUGAAAGAAGCCCUGCAACUCUUUAAAAGGUAUCAUGACAGUCCAGAGGGUGGACAUCUAGGAAUAUUCAAAACCAGGAAUGCGCUGACAUCAAAAUACUAUUGGCCAGGGAUGACAGAAGACAUUGCCAAUUGGGUUGCACAGUGUCUGACUUGCCAGAAAGAGGGAAAGCAAUCAAAUCUGGAUACCACCUUGAAAAGCAUAAAGGUCACUCGGAUCUGGGAAUUGGUGGAAAUGGAUUUAAUAGGACCGUUACCAGUAACAAAGGAUGGAUACCAGUAUAUACUUACAGCCAUAGAUUAUCUUUCAAGAUGGGUGGAAGCCUUUCCACUUAGAAAUAAGUCGUCAAUUGAGGUGGUACAGAUCAUGUUCAGCAUGAUUCUUCGACGUGGAUGCCCACAGCGGAUACUGACAGAUCGUGGUGCAGAAUUCAAUAAUAAGCUUAACUUGUCUGUUUGUAAUAAAUUGGGAAUAGAAUGUAGCUUCACCAGUCCGUACCACCCACAAACUAAUGGCUUGACUGAAAACGCUAAUAAAUCCAUAAAAAGAGCACUGCGGAAGAUGGUUGAUAACAAUGGGAGUAAUUGGGAUAAAUUACUUGAACCCAUUUUGUUUUCUUUGCGAACUAAAAUACAUGCAACAACAAAAUUUUCACCUUUCCGACUAAUGUUUUGUGAUGACGCAGUGUUUCCAGAAGAUCUCUUAGAUAAUUACACGAUCCCAGAUCUGGAUAUGUUCGGGGAAGAUUUCUGCAAAGAGUACAGCAUGAAUAUGAAAUCCAGACAUGACGCUGACAUUGCGCUGGCCCUAAGUAACAUUGCUAAAGCACAAGAAAAACAACAAAGACAUUAUGCUAAAAGAAAGACUUCUAAAUAUGAGGAAAUAACAUUUGAAGUUGGGGACUCUGUUCUGUUACUGAAUGCUAGACAGAGAACAAGAAAAGAGGAGUAUUGGAAUCUAAAUAUCGGGGACCAUACAAAAUUAUGAGUGUUGAAGGUAAGAGAGUGAAAUUACAAACCGUCUCAGGGAAACAGUUAGGAACCAUGUACAGUAUUGCACACUUAAAACCAGUAAAAGAACCAAGAACAUUAGCUGCUGAAAGCACAUCAGAGGGAAAAACUGGAACUGAAAUUGGAGUUGGUGACACUGAACCAGAAACACCCACGGAAGAGAUUAGAGAAGUGGAUGGCACUGUAUCUCUUGACAGCAAAAUGGAAAACAUAGAGGUCACAGCAAUAGAAAAAGAGGAAUAUAUAGGGCAAGAUGUGUCAAACAAUGAUACAAGUGAUGCUGAUGACAGCUUUGAUGACAUGCUUACAGAGGAAGUGGAAGACAAGCAAUGGUUUCUGAAAGUAAAAUUGUUAAUGACCAGCAAACACACAGAGAGACUAGAGGCCAAAGUGAGAAACAUAAAAUUAUAUGGCUCUUCAUUUCAUUGCCUGAAACCAAGAAGCUGGAUAAGUGAUGAGGUUAUUGAUGCAUUUUUGAGCUGUGUAGUUGAGAAAGCAGAUGGAAAGGUACAAGCCAUCUCAUCAGUAGUUUCCACUGCCAUUCUCUCAGGCAGAGCUACACAAAUGAAAGUGAAGAGUGAAUUACUUCAAAAUGAUAUAUUACUGCUUCCUUACCACACACCAGGUCAUUGGGUUCUUGCGAUAGCCUUGAUGAAAAAAAAGGAAUUGUUAAUAAUUGACCCCUUGUGUGAUGAGAUCAGAUAUGAAAGAACAUGCCUGAGGAAUUGGAGAAACUUCAUCAAACGAUUAACUAGUAAAUCCUCAUCUGAUUGGAACAGUAAAAUUGUGGAGCAUCCCAGACAAAGUGAUGGUCACAACUGUGGACCACUCAUCUUAAAGUUUGCAGAAACAUAUUUGCAGCACAAAGACAUCAGUACGGUGGAAACAACACAGAAGGCUAAUACUGCGUUUAGAAGACAUAUAGCAAUUCUUCUAAUGAAGGAGUCAGAAAGCGUGGAGGACUACUGCAUAUACUGCAACCUUAUCGAUUGUGAAAAAGAAAGUGAGGAUUGCACGAUGGUCCAGUGUGAUUCUUGCAAGAGGUGGGCACAUAUACCAUGCAUUACAGAAGGAAACAAUCAAGAAAACCUGACAUAUGAGAAGAAAGAGUACAACUGCAAGACAUGUGCAUAGUUCACUUCAUUAACAAAAAGAAAAAAGGCAAUAAAGAAAACCCAUUGUUUAACUGCUUCUUGUUCAAAA